AUGCUAGUCUUGUUGGGAAAUUUUCCUGGGCUUCGAUCAGUCUACAUUUCAAGAGUUGACUUAGUCCCAGUUGAAGGAUCAACAAAUGUGUUUAUAGAAAGCAUAAAGGAGCUCUUAUUCACCUCAGUUCCAGAUUAUCUUACUGUCAGCAUUUUACGACUCUGUGAAGGCUACAAUAAAGAUCCAUCAAAAAACAUAUGCUCACCACCUAGCUUGGGUUUCCAAUACAGUUCGACAGAGGAGCUGUUGGGCACUAUUGAGAGCCAAAUUCCACCCUCAUUACAUUCUAGACUUGCAGGCAUUCAAGGGGGUGUUUUCAUCGUCUCUGUCAUUCUUUGCUUUCUAUUGCUCUGCUACUACGUGUUCCAUAUAUUUGCUGAACGACGCCGUCUACUUGGUUGGUGUUGGAUCUUUCUUUGCCUCAUUUUGACAGCUCUCACUCUUUUAUUCGCUGCAGCUACAUUUGCUAUUCAAAUGUAUGUUCACAACCUUAUCAAAAGCUCUCUAAGUGACAUACAAGCCUCCUUUUUGGGUAGUCUUUUCAGCGAAUUUGUGCAGUUGAUUAUCAAGACAGGAGCAUCUGUGUGGUUAUCGCUCGUUUCACUUAUUCUUCUGUUUCUUGUGUUUGUAUUAUUAUGCAUCAGUAUGUGCUGUAUAAAUCGAACUAGAAGGAGAGAUACAGCGCAAACAACAAACAAUCAACAGGAGAUGAGCUCAGUUUAA